UGUGAUUGGCUGGGUGGAGUCCUGGCGGAAGAAGCCGCGCAGUGCGGGUUCACGGUGCUGCGGCAGGAAGAUGGGGUGGCCGAUGCCGCCGAUGACUUACCUUUUGCUGGGUGGACAGGGUCUGCUGCUCACCUUCUCCCUCAUCGCCUCCCAGAACCAAACAAGCCCGGCGUCCUCCCCAGAGCCCAUCACCAACCCCGUGCCCGACUACAGAGACCCCAUGGGACCCAACGUCCUGUGCGAGUACUUACCAGAAGAGUUCAUACAUUGCGAGGACCCGAUGGACCAUACAGGAAAUGUGUCCAUGCAGCAAGAGGUUGGCUAUGGCUGCACCAAGUUUGGAGGACAGGCGUACAGUGACGUGGAGCAUACGAAAGUCAUGUGCCAUGCUCUGGAUGGUAUUGAUUGUGCUGGACCUCGCUCCUUUCAACGUGGGAAUAAGCCGUGUAUCAAGUACACAGGCCACUAUUUCAUCACCACGCUGCUGUACUCCUUCUUCUUGGGCUGCUUCGGAGUAGAUCGCUUCUGCCUGGGACACACGGGCACCGCUGUGGGCAAGCUCCUGACUCUGGGAGGUCUGGGCAUCUGGUGGUUUGUAGAUCUUAUCUUGCUCAUCACAGGGGGGCUCAUGCCCAGUGACAACAGCAACUGGUGUACAAUAUACUGAUAUAGAGACGAUCCAUAGGGACGCUGCA